GGGUAUGGAGGCUUCGAGGCGCUGCCCGGGUGACAGUUGGGAGCGCGCUCCUCUCAUGCACCACGUGCUGCGCUUGUAACGAGGGACGGGGGGCGUGCACGCGGAGCGCAUGCACGCGGAGACCGGCUAGAGCCGGUCUAUAUCAGCCGAAGCGAAGGAACGACGCUAAAUCAUCGGAAGGGGAAGCAGUCGAAUAAGUGUUUGGGGGAAGAGAGAGAGAGAGAGAGAAGAAAAUCUGAUCUGGCGCGACCCGGGGCCGAGGAGGAAGCGAUCUUGCAACCCGGCGCAUCAGCAGCUGUUCAACGCUUUCCCCAGAGCAGCAGCAGCAGCAGCAGCAGCAGCUUUAAAAUAGUUAACCAGCCGCUGACGAUCGGGGUAUAACCCAUGCCUCUGUACAAGCACCAGCACCAGCACAAUCUCUACACAUUUCCCGGGGUACGAUAAAGCUCCCCUCGCACACAAAACAAAUCCGGUCAAAACACUGCGUUAAUUGGCGACGCGCUGCUGGAUCCCGAACACAUUUGAGCGGAGCUGGGGACCUCGGCUGAGAACAAAUCGUGGAAAUGACAGUGUUCGCGGGAAAGACAGGAGGAUGGACUACAAAUGUUUACACAAAGACUCCAGAUGGGGGCUGGGGCUGGAUCAUAGCCGUUGCCUUCUUUUUCACUGAAGCCCUCACAUAUGGCAUAAUUAAAUCAUUUGGUGUUUUCUUUUACGACUUAAUGACUUACUUCGAGGAGUCCAACAGCAGAGUGUCCUGGAUAUUAUCUAUCUCUAUGUUUGUAAUGAUGUUUACAGCGCCACUUUCCACAGUACUAAGUAAUCACUUUGGUUAUCGCCCAGUAGUAAUGCUGGGUGGACUUCUUGUUAGUUUGGGAAUGAUGGCUGCAUCGUUUGCACGGACAAUUGUAGAUAUGUACAUUGCCAUUGGAUUAGUAUCAGGAAUAGGUUUCUGUCUCAGCUUCCUACCCAGUGUCACGGUCCUCUCCCUCUAUUUUGAAAAAUAUCGUUCUCUUGUUAUGGCUGUGGCAUCCACAGGGGAGUGUUUCGCUAUUUUCACUUUUGCACCUGCUUUCACAUUACUGAAGAACCAUCUUGGGUGGAAAAACUGUCUCCUCAUCAUUGGUGCAUUGCAGCUAAACAUCAUUGUUUGUGGAGCACUACUUCGGCCAAUUGUUAUCCGAAGAACAGAAGAAGAACCAGUAGAUGUGGUUAUAGAAACAAAGUACAUGCUGGAGAAUGAAGAAACUCGUAUCUCCGUAGACUCUGUAGAUUCAGGAGUGGAAUCUUUAUCUACCUCAUGUGAUCCUUUAGAUAAUAGCAAGAAAUGUAAAACAGAUGAUAUUCGUAAAGAAAAUCUUAAGAUGCUUUCAAGCAAGAAACAAAAACCACAGCAUCAACCAAAGUUGCUUGACUUUUCAAUUCUAAAAAACAAAAGCUUUAUCUUUUAUGCACUUUUUGGACUAUUUGGCACUUUGGGAUUCUUUGCACCUCAACUCUACGUCAUUCCCCUUAGCAUUAGACUGGGUAUCAAUGAAUGGGCAGCAUACAUGCUAUCAGCAAUGGCAAUUAUGGAGGUGUUUGGCAGACUGUCAAUGGGCUGGGUCCUAAACAAACUACCCAUAUGGAAGAUUUACAUAGAACUGAUUUGUGUGAGCCUACUGAGUCUAGUGCUGUUAUGCUUUCCAUUGAUAAAAGGGUUCUGGAGCCUUGUGACAUGCAGCAUGUUAUAUGGAUUUUUAUUUGGUACUGUGGCUUGUUCCCACAUUCCCAUGUUGGCAGAGGCCGAUGUGGUUGGAGUUGAGAAGAUAUCAUCUGCUAUUGGAAUUUACGUCUUUAUACAGAGCUUUUCAGGACUUGCUGGCCCACCAAUUGGAGGUUGGCUUGUGGAUGUAACAGGUCAGAAUUAUGGAUCUGCUUUCUUAUUCUGUGGUAUUGGUAUGAGUGUGGGUGCAUUCUUUCUUGCAUUAGUUCAGCCAUCUAAAAGAUGGUCAUGUCAGAAGCAACCUCUGGAAACUGAUAAGCAAAUGGAAUUAAAACAAAAUAUCAACAUUGUCCAGGAUGUGCCUGAAGACCUCUUACAAACAGACCUGAAGAAAUCAGAAAGUUUACAGGAUCAAUUUCAAAGCCUCGCAUGAAAACAUAGUCAUACACCACCAUAAUGGAAUGCAUGAUUCCUGGUAAGGGUAUCCCUUAUCUAUCCUGCCAACUUCCUCAACUUGGUCUUAUUUAAUCUCAGACACUACUUAUUCUCAAUCCAACAAAUUACUAUUUGUUUUAUAAAGAAUAUCACACGAAGCAAAGUUUAUUUGCCAUUUCGUGGGUAAAGAUUCGUGUUCAGAUAAACCAAACUGCAGGAAAUUACAAAAAGGUAUACAAAGAAAUACCUGAAAAGGAUUUAGGUUUGCUUGGAUCACAUUGCAAAUGUCUCAUUGAAAUCAUUGUAAACAGACAUUUUGAUCAGAAUUUGAUGAUAUAUGUCUUGCAAUCCCAAUUGGUAUUGUCUUUAUACAAGAUGUUCUUUUAAAUAUAAUGAAAUGCAAAGACA